CGUGUGUAUAGCUUGACUUGACCGACACACACAAUUGAAUGAUCUUUUCAAGCCUCAAAACAUCACAAUACUGAUCGAACGGGCAAGAAAAGUCGCAGGCGCACAUGCGAAAUGCAACAACACGCUCCCACUACUAAGCAGACCAAGAACUUGCAUAUCAGCCACCGAUUCCCUUGGCUGUCCGUCCGUCCGUCUCGAGGUCGCUCAAUUCGCUUUCAGGAAUGCCUCAAAUCUGUCGACCUCCUCGGCAGUGCCGCAGCACAUCGGCAGCCGAUGCUCCAUCUUCUCUAUCGCCUGUAUGAACGCACCCAUUCACACCCACCCACACACACAGCCAGCGUGAGUGAAUGGUAUGGGCGUCGCGUCCACUCAUCAUCAACUGACCACAUCGAGGACGGAUUUCUCCCCUCCCACAGUGGUCUUGCCGCCGGCCGCCUCGAUCAGAAAUGCGAUGGGCGCACACUCGAAGACCAGCCGCAGCUUGGCCGGCGCCUUGUCGGAGGCAGGGUUGCAGAAGACACCCUGCCCCUGCACACACAUACACACGCAUACGUGCGCGCGUGUGUGUGUUGUGUGGAUGGAUGGAUGGAUGUGUGUGUGUGUGUGGACGCACGUACCUUGACGAACAGCUGGUACACGUCGGGCACCAGGCCACCUGUGUACCGCAGCGUGUAGCGCUUCUCGAGCCAGUACUCGAUUAGCUUCCGAUAGGCCACACUGUCCUGGUUGGCCCGCAGGUUGGCCGGGGCGAAGAUCUUGGCGCCUGAGGGUGCGAUGGAGGUGGUGGGGCGGCUGAGGAUCCACUGAUCGGCGGCCUGCAGGGUGUACUCCUGAGGGGCUAUGUUGUUGCCGGUGACGAGGAGGGUGGCGCGAGGGCCAUACACAGCCAACAUGCUCGCCACCUGCUGACGACCUGCAACACACAAGAGAGAGAGAGAGAGAGAGAACGUGCACCACACGGGAGCAUAGCAUGUGUUUGGAUGGGUCUGAAAGCUGACUGACCUGUGACGCCGAUGAGUGAGUCCUUUCCCUUCCAUUCGAACCCGUUGGCGCCGAUCUUCCAUAUGGCGAUGAUGGUGCCAACGGUCCAGUUGCAGUCGACAAUGGAGCUGCCGUCCAGCGGGUCCCAACACACCACAUACCUCCCGCCCUCAACCAACUCCUGAAUGACACACCAACCAGCCAACCAGCCAAUAUGAAGACAACAGAACCAUACACGCCUGCACCUGCAUCACAGAUCUGACUGAUGUAUCUGCUCACCUUGAGCUCGGGCUCCUCUUCACUCGCAGCCGCCUUGACGAGGCCGCAUUUUUCGGCCUCGGCGAACAUGAUCUUGUCGGCGAUGACGUCCACCGUCAGCUGCACGUCGCCGAACUUGUUGGAGGUGCCCACAGAGGUCACCAGGGAGGUGCUCAGCGCCCUCGCGAUGUCCUUGCAUGCCUUCGCGAAAGUGCCGAGAAGGCUCUCGAGCUCGGGAUCUUUGACCACCUUGAGGCCGUCCUCCAGCGCAGGGCCGCCAGCCGACGCCAUUCCGCUCCCUUUCUCC